GUUUGUGUUAAUCCUAAUAUCAAUCAACUUCCUACUUGGGAAUUGCCGAAACAUGGGAGCAGAAAGCAACCAGGCGGCUAGCAACGAAAUGCAAUCAUCGACUGAUGCGGGCAAUGGUGGACCAAGAAAAUACCAGCCAAACUCAGCAGCACAGCAGCCCCAGAUUACUCAAGGCACACAAGGAAGUGAAACCACAUCAACCACCUCAUUUACCAUAAGUCAGAAUAAUACACCCAGCAAGAAUCCUUUCAAGCAACAAUUGGAACAGGCACAGGGACAACAACCCCAACAGCAACAACAACAACCAUCAAAUGGCAAUACAACGGAUUGCGGCAUUUUGGGUGUGGGCAAGGAGCCGCCUACACCAUCUGCACCUGGACAAGCAUCAAAACCACCGCCUCCAACCUAUCAAACAUAUGCAUCGGAUCAAUAUAGAGAAGAGGAUCCACGCGCUGCCGGGUCCUGGUCCGCCGCCAAAUCAUGGAUGGUCAGCUGGCGUGGCUCAAAUCGUUUAGUUCUAGUCAUUGUGGCCAUAGCUCUGCUAUUGGACAACAUGCUGCUAACCACUGUGGUGCCCAUCAUACCCGAGUUCCUGUACGACAUACGACAUCCGGAUGCACCGCUCGACAGUUAUCCCCGCACACCGCUAACGUUAAAUACACCGCCACCGCCCACACCGUGUCCUUGUAAUAAAGAUGGCAGCGAGCUAAUACCCUUGGAGGUCUCGACCAUGAGUCCAGAGGAGAAUGAGACCUAUUACCGGGAGCUAGAGGAACGACAUAACGAACUGGUUGGCGAGACUGUUGAAGUGGGUCUACUGUUUGCCUCCAAGGCUUUUGUCCAACUGCUCGUAAAUCCAAUUGUGGGACCAUUAACACAUAGGAUUGGCUAUAGUAUUCCCAUGUUUGCCGGAUUUGUCAUUAUGUUUCUAUCCACCAUAAUCUUUGCCUUUGGUCGUUCAUAUUUCGUUCUGUUUGUGGCACGUGCUCUCCAAGGAAUUGGCUCGUCCUGCUCGUCUGUCUCUGGCAUGGGAAUGUUGGCCGAUCGUUUCACCGAUGACAAGGAGCGUGGCAAUGCCAUGGGCAUAGCUUUGGGUGGCCUGGCCUUGGGUGUACUGAUUGGACCUCCUUUCGGUGGUGUUAUGUACGAAUUUGUGGGCAAAUCUGCACCGUUCUUAAUUCUGGCCGCUCUUGCCUUGGGCGAUGGUUUACUUCAGUUGUUCAUGCUGCAACCUUCGAUACAGAAAGCCGAAUCGGAACCGCCAUCCCUAAAGAGUUUGAUUAGUGAUCCGUAUAUAUUGAUAGCAGCUGGAGCCAUUACCUUUGCCAAUAUGGGUAUUGCCAUGUUGGAGCCAUCGUUGCCCUUGUGGAUGGUGGAUAAUAUGGGUGCUACAAGAUGGGAGCAGGGCGUGGCCUUUUUGCCAGCCUCCAUUAGCUAUUUGAUUGGUACAAAUCUAUUCGGACCACUUGGACACCGAAUUGGACGUUGGUUUGCUGCCUGUUUGGGCUUGAUUAUUAUUGGAGCUUGUUUGAUCUUUAUUCCCAUGGCCACUUCGAUAACACAUUUGAUUAUACCAAAUGCCGGAUUGGGUUUUGCAAUUGGCAUGGUCGAUUCCUCAAUGAUGCCGGAACUGGGAUAUCUGGUGGACAUUCGACAUUCGGCUGUCUAUGGCAGUGUCUAUGCCUUGGGCGAUGUGGCCUUCUGUGUGGGCUUUGCUGUGGGACCAGCUCUCUCUGGCUCUCUGGUCAAGAGCAUUGGCUUCGAAUGGAUGCUCUUUGGCAUUGCCAUUCUAUGUUUCUUAUAUGCGCCACUUUUGACAUUCCUCAAGAAUCCACCCACCAGCGAUGAGAAGAAGGUGCGUAUGGCUAGAGAAGAGGCGGCGGCUGCUGCUGCUGCUGCUGCAGCGGAACUGGCCGCUUCCGCCUCUGCGUCAGCCCCUUCAGAAAAUUCAAUUGCCCAGAUGACGGCUUCCUGCCCGGCUAUAAUGCAUGGCAUUGGCCCUCAGGAGGCGGGCAACUUGAAUCCGGCCUUUGAAAGUGAAAGGCUGUAGUUUAACACAAUUUGAUUUGCCUUUCAAUUUAACCUUUUUAAAUUGGUAUUAUUUUUUUUAACAUUUUAUAUAUAUUUUUAGUUUUAGUUAAUAAACUUUUCUUAUUGUUUUUAUUUAGUUUUAAGUUAUUCGAUCUUAAUAAAAAAUAUGUAUCAUAAA